CGACAUGUUCUGUUUGUGUUUAAGAAGGAAGCAGAGCGACAGGAUGAGACUCAUGUAGCUGGCUCAGCUAACUGUUAGCCAGCUGCUAACCUGAGCUGUGUUUGUUACACAGCAGAAAUGGCUUUCUAGUUUGGUCUCACUCGGCUGGAAAACGAGAGGCUGAGCGCUCAGUCAACUGGACAGUGGAGGAGACUCAGGUGCUGCUGUGCGCCUGGAGCGACGAGCGCGUCCAAAAGAGUUUGGCAGAAAACCUUCGCAACCGCCAUGUCUUCAAACACCUCUCUGCCCGCAUGAGCGAAAUGGGUUUCUCUCGUAGUCCACACCAGUGCAGGUUGCGGGUCAAAACUCUGAAGGCUAACUACGUGAGAGCCAAACUACAGAGGAGCGUCGACAGCUCGCAGCCUUGCACUUUCAAAUACUUUGCAGACAUGGACGCUGUGCUGGGCCGGAGGUCAGCGGCUGGGGAAGGAGGGCCCUAUUUUGUUUCUCAAGAGCGGAUGGCAGAACGCCACCUUGACUCCACUGACAGGAGAGGAAGUAUUCCUGCAGAUUUAAAUUCUCAUACAGAGAUCAGUGGGCACCAUUUUGGUUCCUCUGGGAGGACAGGAAGACAACGCUUGAGCUCUCUGGAGGAGGUAGGAGGCCGUCAGUCCUGGCAGCUGGAUUCUGAAGUCAAGUUGGAGGACUUAGAAGAUUCAACGGAUGAGUUUGAGUUCAGCAGUACAGGAUUCCCACAGCAUCCGAGAGACAGACGGCAUGACGCUUACCUGGAAUCACCCAUCCAUCGAGAAAUUACGGGUACACUCGUGGAUAACAGCUUGAGCACUCCUUCCCCACACGUAGCACCACCUCCGGCUGGUCCUUCUCCUCCCCCUCUCACCCAAUCCGCUGCUUCUCCACUGCCCGCACCCACAGAUCCAAGCCCCAACCCCCUGCCCACCUCUGGCCACCACCACCACUCUGAAUCCACCUGCCUGGAGCCGGCACUUAAGCACCUGUCCGAGUGCUUCCAGCGGCUUGUGUCCGAGACCCGGGGCCUGAUGGUGCAGCUGGAGAGCCAGCGGCAGGAGCAGGCCCACUGGCAUCAGGAGCUCCUGUCCCAGUGGCUGCAGAGGGAGGAGCGCCGGCAGAGGGAGGCGGCUGAAAGAGAGGAGAGGAGGGAGAAAGCUCGCAUGGAGCAUGAGAUCAGAGUCCUGGAGCUCCUUACCAGUCUAGCCCGAGAACAAGGGUGUAAAUGUGGAGGCAGUAAGACAGCGGCAGAGAUGCCAGCUGGUCCAAAUCAUACCAUGAACACAGGUGGCAAUUAGGAUGCCCUCACACUGAAGACUUUUACAGUGGUUAACCCAAAGUGUGGAAUUCAAGCUCAGGUGGAACCAAAUAACAGCACUGACAAUGCAAAGAGCCACAGUCAGGGUGGCUUUGUUUAGGCCUUAAAGAUGAGUGCUAUGGAGUGAAACUUUAAAUGAUUCAAAUGCAAGAAAAGACCCCCUCCAACAAAUCAUACUGUUUGUGAGUUAAAGAAGAUGAUUAUUGAAUAACAGGAAGUGGUCAGUUGCAAAAAUUUACCAAGAGAAUUUACAGUUGAAGUGUUUGUUUGUAAGGGGAUUUCUUAGGUGACUUACCAAAUGUUAUCAAACUGUUUCACGCACUUUUGUUUAAAUUAAAAAAUUUAAAAAAUAAAUAUUUCUAACCUGGUUUCUAUUUUUAACUGGAAUAUGUUGGUCAACAGUUUGGCUUUUUGUUAUAAAAACGAUAAUCCCCUUCUGUCCUGAUUCUGUCUUGUUAUUGUCCCCUUUAUGUUGUAUGAAUUCAACAGGUGUCCAAUUCUUACAUAUUGCACCUUUUCAUUUAUUUUUUUACCAGUUUUAUUUAGAUAUUUAGGACGAAUCUAAAUAUGUUUGGCAGUAAUUUAAGACAUUGAUUUUCAAGAAUUUAAGAUAUUAACAAAUAUGGUAUACAGAUGAUACAUUUUACAACAAACUGUUGGUAUGUGAAUUAUCUCCAAAAUGCAUUACAAAAAAAGAUCUCUGUCAGGAGAUUGGUGUGACAUACUGUUUAUGACAAAUGCAUUUUUAUUACAUAAAGAACAGAGACAGAUGCUUGAAAUAUCCACAUAGGGUGGAGAUUGGAUCAGUCACAGAUAUGACGUCAGUUGGUAUUAUAUUUUUCAGGAUGUUUGUCCGAGUGUCCUCAGGCGAGACGCUGGACUGUGACCUUAGUGCCACAGUCAAACGGGAAACAACAUCUUACUGUAAAUUCCUGAUGCCUAUCUCCAGCACUUGUGUGUUGGGAGCUAUAUGGGGAAUGUAGCACAAACACAAAGUCAGUGUUUGUUUCCCUACAGGAACAUUUCAAAUCCAGCACAUCAGCCUAGACGUCUCGCUUGCAUAACAGACCUUUAGCACAGUUUUGAUAAGCCGGACAGGCUCCGUCUCCUUGAGAGUAGAGCAUCAUAUGUUUUUACCACAUGUGGACAUUUUGCGCCUUUUUCAUGUAAAUUAUAUUUUUUGAUGUUAAAGCUCUAUCCCUUAUUGUUUUAAGCUUCAUCAAACUAGCUACACAACAAUAUCUCUUCUGUCAGAUGUUUUUUUUUCUUUCUGCUUUACACUCACACUUACAGGAAUCCAAUUUAUUAAACCUCCAGGCUGUGGCUGCCCCAUGCUGAUUGUUACCUGAAUAGACAAACUGGAAAUCCUUCACUCAGCCAUUGAACACAGGCUGCCCUGAAGGGACAGAGUGUGAAUGAGCUGAAUUGGUAAAGUCCCACUUCCCAGUCCUUUCGAACCACUGAAAUCAGACUGAUCAAGCUGGUAUCCGUUCUACAGACACAGAAGUACGUAGGAUACGUCUGGUCAUAUUCUACUUUUCUUUUGUUUUCUUUAACAUAUCCCAACAAAAAGACCAAAACCAACACUAUAUGUAAUAGUGUUAUCUCAUGACAAUGAAAGCACACAGCUGCAUUUAUUUUGACUCAGCCCCACUUACGAUGUUCCGCUGAUCCAAUGACCAGAGCGCCAAAUGUGCAAUAUAUUAAUCCACCACUGAAAAUAGUCCCCAAUAAAUGCACUAUUUUCUCCUGGUUGAGUACCAUUUGGCAAAACUCUACAGGGCCCAGCGGGUUCAGAACAUGACUGAGCUGGGAGCCAGAGACAAGAUGGGCAAAGCAAAAAAUACUAAGAGACAAAAAAAGUUGGCUUUGGUCUUUUCAUUGGAUUAGAUGACAUCAUCGGUCACAUCAUCAUGAUUUUAGUACAUUUUUUAUUUUGUGAAAAUAAAUAUUUUAAUGCAAAAGCGAUGAUUAUUUCGCAAUCGCCGUAUCUGUCAAAAUAAUCACAGUAUCCAGCAAAAAGCCUUUUGUUGCUCAUGUUCUUCUUCAUGUUGUUGCCUUUAAAUGCCAGUAAUUUGUGAAUAAAAAUCCACUACUUUGUUA